AUUUUGUUCAGAAUUUUGGCGAGAUGAUGGAAAAGAAAAGUUCAAAGAGUGAUGUUAUCGUGUUUUGGCUACGAAAGCGGUAAAUGGAAUCAAGUACAUUGUACUUUCUUAGCCAUGCACGACUGAUGACGCAAUAGGAUCAAAUUCCACUCAAGUCCUAUGCGUGGCUUCCACGCAUUCAACGAACCAAUCAGCGAUCAGUGUUUUGGCGGGUAUUAUUGCCGGCAAUGUACUUUCAAUGAUAGUUUCACUCAUUGAUAUUCGUGGUGGGUGUUGUAUUAUUGUAGUAUUAAGCAAAGUGACAGAAAGUUUGGGAUAUUUUUCACUGCCAAAAAGUACGCUAAAUUUGACCGGGAAUGUCAACGGCUAUCCCUCUUUAUCCUAAAAGGGAUUUUAGUCCUUACGCCGUCGAUGAGUGCGACGUGCGAUUCGAGUCACCUCGCUCUUCGCACUCGAACGCUAGUUUACUGACUAAACAGCCUCGGGACUUUGACGAGGAAAAAGGACAUCAAUAUGAAGACCCUACGAUCCUCAGCGAUCAAGUUCGUGUGCUUCAAGAAGAGGGGAAGAGACCGAGAAAGCGAUUCAAUGACAUGUAUGAACCUCACAUACCGCUCAAGAAUUUAAAAGAUUUACGGGUGCGGAGAACGACAGACGAGUCAAUCUCUUCCGAUCUGUCAGACACAUAUACGCGAGAAUCAUGUUUAAAUCGCUGUAUUUUAUUUUUUGUCCUUCUGACGUCGGUUACGGCGUUAAUUUUGGUGGUGCUUUUGAUGUUGGGUAAAGUCGGCCCCUCCGUGGAUCGAUGUGCGUGUAAUACGGAACAAGGAAACACGAAAGCCAUUGCUCCAAAUGGACAACAACUUAGUGAUUCUGGUCAGUCUCAGUCAGAAUCUGUUGUACCUCCCCUUGAUGUGCCAUCAAUUGAGGACAAGAUCAAGGGACUGCAAUUAAAUAUCUCACUGAUUAAAACAUUCAUGGUCAGGCUUGAGCGAGACAUUCAUAGUACAAAGGGUGACUUGAAUGAUACUAAUAGCAACAUCAUUGGAACAAAGGAUCAACUCUCCCAACUAGAAACUGGAACAAGUGAUUCUAUUAGUAAGAUUGAGAACAUCAGCCAGCAGCUUGAUGCAUCUGUUAGUGCUGUUAAUUCAAGUUUCCACACGGAGUUGGCUUCUUUGAAAUCCUCCUUCAAUGCAAAGUUAAACAAUACAGCUCAAAACUUGUUAGAUGCUGAUAGCUCCUUGCAAAAUCGUUUGAGCAUCAUAAACAGUGCACUGAGCUCACAGAUCCAAAGUAUCAGCAAGUUGCAAGGUGCCACAGGCCUCCCAGGUUUCAAUGGCUCAAAAGGCGACCAAGGACCUCAGGGACCGCAGGGACCCAUUGGUCCUAAUGGAAUGCAAGGUGAUGCAGGAGGCCAAGGUGACAAGGGCGAACCAGGGAAGAAUGGCACUGAUGGCAUCAAUGGACAGAAGGGAGAUUUGGGCCCCCAGGGAGAUAAGGGAAAUCCUGGCAGUGCAGGGUCACAGGGACCCCAGGGGCCCGUUGGACCUCCAGGACCUCAGGGAGCUGGGAACUUUAGUCAGUGUGUAUAUGUCAAGAAGGUUCAAACUCAUUCAGUCGCUGGCUUUGUAUCAACAGACGUUUUUGUUGCUGAACAAGAUGGAAAGAAAAUACUUGGUGCCACGUGUUCCACUAACCGUGCAGCGGAGUACAACUUGGAGACAGGGCAAAUUCCGCCCGAGGACCCAGAUGCAGGGAAAGAUUUCUACCGUUGCACUUGCAAAGGACGUUCUACACUGUUCACGGUUGGUGACCCUCUGGAAUGCAUUGUUCAUUACUGGGAGUGUCCACUGACAACGUAAACUUUCACAGAAAUUUCGUCAUCUUGACGGAACCGUUCAGAUAAUUUGAAGUUGAAAUUUACAGUGAUGCAGUACUGUUGCUUUUAGUGGAGUUGAAUCAAUGUACAGUAUUAUAAUGGUCCUAUGAUCUCCGCAGGUAUUUAGUCUGUCACCUAAUGCCUGUAAGGUACGGUGUAGGCCUCGUCGCCAGCGUUCUGCCUGUCGACAAAGACGCAUGGAUGACAGAUCAGUUGCGUUUUGAAUAACGAAGCGCGCGAAGUCUAAAACAAGAAUGCAAAUUAUUGAAACGCCGCGAGAGUCAGACAACAUUAGCGUGU